GCCGUUCCCGCUCACCACUGCCUUAUCCGCUGGCGCUUGUCGUUGCUGCCGAGGAAUAAUUACAGCUCGCUGCUACGCGACUCCUAACCAGCUAUACCUUACAGCCUGCACCUGGCAGUACAAGACAUAUAAUACCGACCUCAUCUAUCCGUGUUUCCUGCACCGUCUUGCAUUCAUGUCUCCUGCUGGCUCCCUUCCGACUCGUGGCAAGGAAUCCGGCGCUGCUCGCAUUCUAGGCUCGGGCACGUCCGGUAUUCUUGAGCUCCUGCUCUUCCACCCAGUGGAUACCGUGGCGAAACGGUUAAUGAGCAACAAGGAAAAGGUUGGCAGCGGCAAGUUGCGUCAAGUCAUAUUCCGCGAAAAAGCCUCCGCCCCUCUCGGCACUCGCUUCUUAUCCCUCUUCCCCGGACUCGGAUAUGCUGCCGGAUACAAGGUUGCCCAACGGAUAUACAAGUUCGGAGGGCAGCCUUAUUUCUCGGACCUCCUCUCUGUCUACAAAACUUCCUUCACGAACACGUUCGGCGAACGGAAGGGCAAGAUGAUGGUUCAAGCUCUUGCUGGAAGUUUGACCGGCAUUGGAGAAGUCGUUCUUCUCCCUCUUGACGCGCUCAAAAUCAAGCGUCAGGUGAAUCCCGAAGCCUUCCGAGGACGCGGCGUUCUUCGGAUCUUUGCCGAGGAGGGCACAACCCUUUACCGCGGCUGGGGCUGGACGAUGGCACGUAACGCCCCGGGAAGCUUUGCCCUUUUCGGUGGAUCGGCGUUCGCUAAAGACAUGAUGGGCGUCCGUGACUACUCCAAGGCCACGGUGACCCAGAACUUCGUCGCGAGUAUCGUGGGCGCUGCUGCCAGCAUAACAGUCGCUGCUCCGCUGGAUGUUAUCAAGACUCGGAUACAAAACGCCAACUUCGAGCAGAAGGUGCACGGCAUGGUCGUCUUCAAGGAGCUCGUUAAGAAUGAAGGCCCGCUCGCACUCUUCAAAGGACUCACUCCCAAGCUCCUUGUCGUCGGUCCCAAACUUAUCUUCAGCUAUACCAUGGCGCAGAGUCUGAUUCCCUGGUUUGCCAAGUACGUGUAGGCGACGUAGGAUGUUUUCCGGCGCGCGAUCAGACGGUUUCGGACAACACUACACGAAAAGUACGAUGAUCUUUGCCAUUGGGUUUUAUGCUUAUAGACAACACCGACUGCUCUCCGUUACUGUGCCGUUAAGCCUACUUUACAUAUUAUCGCCCAUGGGUUAGUCACAUUCAUCGCCUCCCUCUGGCCCAAGCCUGCGUUUCCAAGAUGGAUCACACCUUCGCCACGGUUUAAGCAAGAGCAUGUGCGAAUAU